AGGUAAAAAUCAUCGGUAACAUCGAGCGCGACACCGAAAUGCUGCGGAGGUCUCCAGCUGACAAAAAUUUCCAUGAGCUGCAACGUCUGUACGCAUCUUACGUCCGUGCAAGCUAUGAACGAGUCAGAAUUCUCGAGUGACGAGCAACAUUUUCCGGACGAUGCGUCGAACAUGGAGCUUAUCGUAGAUCCGAACAGACAAAGAUUCCCAUUCUGCAUAGUUUGGACUCCACUGCCAAUCCUAACGUACUUUUUACCAUUUAUCGGUCACAUGGGCAUUGCCACCUCUGCCGGCGUGAUCAGGGAUUUCGCGGGCCCUUACCAUGUCUCCGAAGAUAACAUGGCGUUUGGGAAUCCCACGAAAUAUUGGCAGUUGAACUACGCCAAGGCGAAAGGGGGCAUUCGAGGAUGGGAUGCUGCCGUGGCCGAGGCCAGUGAAAUUUAUAAAACGAGAAUGCACAAUCUAUGUUGCGACAAUUGUCAUUCUCAUGUAGCUACGGCAUUGAAUCUAAUGUCGUACGGUGAUUCCAACAGUUGGAACAUGAUAAAGCUAGCGUUCCUGAUGCUUUUGUAUGGGAAGUACGUAAGUUUUUUAGCAUUCUUGAAGACCUGGAUGCCGUUUUGUCUGAUCGUCGCUAUCGUCACCGUCAUUUCCCUAUACGUAUGGUAACUCAGAGAUUUCACAAAAAAUAUUUUGUAAGAGCACAUUGAGCAAAAUGACAGCUACUAAUUUCGACAGAAGUUUAAACAAUUGCGGUCGAUUUAUUCAAAUCUCCCGGAUCUAUUAUUAGAAUUACAUUAUUUUACAGAUAUAUGUACAUACAACAAUAAGUCACACGAUACAACGUAAGCUUAAGGUUACCUGCAAAUCGAUACUCUACUGUGCAGGUGCACGACAUUCUGUCCAUUUC